AUGUGGCGACUGUUUUGUGCUGAUAAGGGAAAAGGUCCCGUGGCCAGCGCGUACGAUCUCAAGUCGCUGAAGGAUUUUGUCCAACACCUGGCCUACGGAAUUGAGGGAAAAUACGACGACGAAGCGGCUGGACAAGGCUCUGUCAGGGUGGUCUGGAAGCGGUUUACUGCCGGAUUCAAGCGCGAGCAUGACGCUAUUCCAGGGCAUAUAACACUAUCAGUGACAAAUUUCCUCCGUGAAACAGUAUUUCCCCGACGUGGAAACAAGAGUACUAAGCGGAAGCGGAAUCAUGCGAGGAAGAACCACUUCAUCCACCUUGGUCGUCAGCUCUGGGAGAACGACUUUGAUGUAUACACAAAGCCGAUCACAAGGGUGAGCAUAUGGGCGCAGAUGUUGCUCUACGUGUUCUCCUCAGCAAGAUUAUGCGAGUAUCUUGAAGGUGUUUCUCGAGCAAACUCUGGACGGGGGCUAUAUUGCAAAGAUAUCAAAUUUGGUGUCAUCCGUAAUGAGCUUGGCGAGCCUGAACUUGCUGCCCAGGUUGUAAAAGACGCAAAGGGGAUGACGAAUACUCCCGAAAAACGACCCGAACAUGAGAUUUAUGAAGGGCUAUCGAGUAGACCGCGAUUUCUCCUUCUGAAUCCGAUGCUGCCGAUCGUCGCAUUGCUCUUCGCUAGUGACAGGUUUCGGGACUAUGCUACGGUGGAUGCCGUUUUGGCCAUCCCCGCUCCGCCACCGGAUGAGGUUUACGUCCUUGAAUGGGCAGACCCAGAGAGUCCCCUUUUCGAGGGCCUAGACGGACACAUCCAAAAGGCAGCGGUGCUUGCAAAAAUUCUAAGAGAAUGGGCCAUACGAGCUGGAUAUCCUACCAAUCCGACAAUUCACGAUUUCCGAGCAGAGGGCUUAUAUUUGACUGACAAGAUCUACUCAGUAACGCAGAGAAUGGUCUACGCUGGACACCGAGGUGAAAAGACUCAUCGCCAACAUUACGCACCGAACAAUGGGGUCGAUGGCCAGGCUGCAUAUCUCGGCGAUGAUGUGCGUACACACGUGGCUGAUCUCUUUCGAGGGUUGUCGCUGCAUCGAAAUCCCGACCUCUGGCAGACUUUGCCGGCGGAGAAAAGAUAUCAACUAGAGAAUCGAGAGGAUUAUUCAGAGGUACAAAACGCUCUCUCGAGCCUAAGUGGCUCAUCUCUCGCUGUACAGAAAAAGCGUCAGGACCUAUAUCAGCAAAAAAGGCAGCUAAUCCGAGAAGAAUUACGAAUUUGUCAAAAAACCCAACCCCGUCGCCCUCUGCAUGAGGAAGCAGAUGGAACCUACGCCAUGGGUUCCCAUCGAUCACGAUUCAGCAGAGCCUGCCGAAUGAUGCCCACACGCCAACGCUUGGCGGAAACUAUUUUUCAAGAGGCCACUCUCCGCAGCGACUUGGGACGCCAAGUCCUGAACGACAUGAUCACCUUGUGCAGGCAAAAACAUGAGAUCGAGAUACGUCCAGGGCUGGAACUUGAUAAAUGCCACUGCGCGGAGUCAAAGAAAAUAUCUCAAGCGUAA